GCGGGCACCGAGUCGUCUGGCGGAACAGCGGGCAUCGAGUCAACUGGCGGGACUGCGGGCACCGAGUCGUCUGGCAAGACUGCAGGCACCGAGUCGUCUGGCAAGACUGCGGGCACCGAGUCGUCUGGCAAGACUGCGGGCACCGAGUCGUCUGGCAAGACUGCGGGCACCGAGUCAACUGGCGGAACAGCGGGCACCGAGUCGUCUGGCAAGACAGUGGGCUCCGAGUCAACAGGCACGACAGUGGGCACCGGGUCAUCAGGUAUCAGAUUGUCUGGCUCGACAGCGGGCAUCGGGUCACCAGGCAUCAGGUCAUUUGGCUUGCCAGCGGGCACCGCGUCAUCUGGCAAGGCAGUGGGCACCGGGUCACCAGGUAUGACAGCGGGCUCUGAGUCAAUUGGCACGACAGCGGGCACUGGAUCAGGUACCGGAUCAUCUGGAUCAACAGCGGGCAUCGAGGCAAAUGGC